AAUAGGCUGCAUAACAACGGGAUAAACAAUCUUAGAUCUGUUCGUUUUAUAUAGUUAAAUAGAAAAUUAUAUGUUGAUAACGGCAUUAUGGGAGCAGAAGAUGGAGGUAAUGGUGAUAAAUAUGUUCCUCAUAAUUGGAAAAAACUAAGUCCACAAGAAAUAAAGAAAUUGCAUCCAACUUUAAGAAGUCGCUAUUUAGCUUACGAAGAACCAUCAAAGAGGGUUACUGACCUUCAAAGUUCCAUUAAAAAGCGUUUGUAUGAACAAAAACAAAGGGAAGAAAAGCAAAAGUAUAUACCUCCGGAAGAGAUAGAUGAAAAUGAGAAGCAUGAAAAACUAUAUGGACAAUUGAAAGCUGCCGAAGCUAGAAAUAGACUACGAUUAAUGAGAUUAAGAUUUCAAGCUAAUAGAUCGGAAGAAUCUAAUCAUUUGAUAGGGUGCCAACAAACAGCACGAAAGGCCGUUAGAUUAGAAGCUUUUCUUACUCCUUAUAUUCCUCAUAAACAAUCAAGAGGAAAUCUUAAAAAUCCUCUAAGCAAAAUAGAUAAAGCCAGACUUGAGGGGUUGAUGGAUGAUCCGGACGGGAGAAUGAUUAAAAGAACAUAA